AGCUGAAACCCGGCGGCGGCGGAAACGCAGCCCGUCCGGGAAAGAUGGCGGCGCCCGUGGGGCUCUGGAGCAGCAGGAAUGAGUGAGAGCGAAUCCUGACGCUGAAGCACUGCUGGGAAGGAUUGCACUGAGAGGCCGCUGCGGUGACAAGAUGCUGUCCAGACCGAAGCCAGGGGAGUCCGAGGGGGAUCUCCUGCGCUUCCAGAGUCAGUUUCUUGCAGCUGGCAGAGCCCCGGCAGUACUCUUGGUCAAGAAAGGAAGUAGGAGAGGGGGCGAUGCUAGCCUGGACCAGCCCCCGCUGCAGGGUCCCCGGGAUGUGGUGCUGUUGGACGAUCUCCCAGAUUUACCCCCAGCUCUGGUCCCUGCUCCCCCAAAGAGAGCCCGGCCCAGCCCUGGCUGCCCCCCGCCAGAAGAUGAGGACCCCGAGGAGAGGCUUCACAAGCAGGAUGAGCACCUCACUGCCGUCCUGACAAAGAUCAUAGAACGAGACACACGUUCAGUGGCUGUGAAGCUGCCUGUGGCCAGUGGCACUGCCUUCCCCCCCAUCUUCCAUCGCUCACAGGGUCAGCAGGAAAGGCCAGCACUACCUGGUAAACGAAGCAUCUUUGCGCAAGAGAUUGCAGCGAGGCAGCUGUCUGCAGCCAGGGUUCUAGCCGCUGGGGAAGCUGGGCCUGCCUUGGACUCGCCGGAGGGUGCUGUGACUUGGGAAACCCCAGUCCCUGAAGACCAGGGCUGCCGGCUUCCAGGGAGCAGCUGCAACUUCCAGGGACCUCACGUGGUCACAGGGAAGGGGCUCCGGGGCCAGGAGGCUGAGCACGAAGCCCAGACCAUCCAUGAGGAGAACGUGGCGAGGCUGAGAGCCAUGGCUCCCGAGGAGAUCCUGCGGGAGCAGCAGCACUUGCUGGCUCAGCUAGAUCCCAGCUUGGUUGCCUUCUUGAGAUCUCGGAGCAGCCCCCAUGAACAAGCAGGAGAGAAGACCCCUGAGGAGCCCAAGGCAGGAGGACCUCCUGACGGCCUCAGGGAGGAGCCCCGCGUGCCUGCUGCUGCCGUGGAGCCCAGGAGGGAAGACGAGCUGACGCCAGGAGCCCCAGCUCCAGCACUGCCCAUCAGCCCUCACAGAGAGUGGCUGCACAUGGACACCGUGGAACUGGAAAAGCUCCACUGGACCCAGGACCUGCCCCCCCUCCGGCAGCAGCAAACGAAGGAGAGAAUGCAGGCCCGAUUCAGUCUUCAGGGAGAGUUACUGGCCCCCGAUGUGGACCUGCCCACCCACCUGGGUCUGCACCACCAUGGAGAGGAGGCAGAGAGAGCAGGGUACUCCCUGCAGGAGCUGUUCCACCUGACCCGAAGCCAGCUGUCCCAGCAGAGAGCACUGGCGCUGCAGGUGCUGGCCCAGGUCAUCAGCAGGGCCCAGGCUGGCGAGUUUGGGGGCCAGCUGGCGGGCAGUGUCCUGCGCCUCCUCCUGGACGCGGGCUUCCUCUUCCUGCUCCGCUUCUCACUGGAUGACCGAGUAGACGGGGUCAUUGCCGCUGCUGUCCGGGCCAUGCGGGCUCUGCUGGUGGCUCCUGGGGAUGAGGAACUCCUAGACAGCACCUUCUCCUGGUAUCACGGAGCGUCUGUGUUCCCUCUGAUGCCCAGCCAGGAAGACGAGGAGGAGGAGGAGGAAGAGCUCCCGGCAGAAAAAGCAAAAAGGAAGACCCCUGAGGAAAGGGGCCAGCCCCCAGUCGACCUAGCCCGCCAGGACGUCAUCAAGGGGCUCCUGGCCACCAACCUGCUGCCUCGGCUGCGCUAUGUGCUGGAAGUGACCUGCCCAGGACCGGCUGUGGUCCUUGACAUCCUGGCCGUGCUGAUCCGCCUGGCCCGCCAUUCCCUAGAGUCAGCCACCAAGGUCCUGGAGUGCCCGAGGCUGGUGGAGACAGUAGUCCAGGAGUUCCUGCCUACCAGCUGGGCCCCUGUCGGGGGUACACCUCUCCCCAGCCUAUGCAGAGUGCCCUGUGCUGCCGCCAUGAAGCUCGUCCGCGUCCUGGCCUUGGCUGGCAGAAAUAUCGCCACCCGGCUGCUGAGCAGCUUUGAUCUGCGGAGCCGCCUCUGCCGCUUCCUGGUCGAGACCCCCCAGGCGCUGGCCUUGCCCCCCGAGGAAGCUGAGGCGCUGAGCACUGAGGCCUUCCGCCUGUGGGCUGUGGCCGCAGCUUAUGGCCAGGGCGGUGACCUUUACAGGGAGUUAUACCCCGUGCUGGUGCAGGCUCUGCAAGUGGUGCCCCAGGAGCUCACCGCCCCGGCCCCCCGGCCCCUGGCCAUGCAGCGGAUCGCCUCGCUGCUCACACUCCUCACCCAGCUCCCCCUGGCAGCCAGCAGCGACUCUGCUGAGACCAGCCUGCCAGGCCACCUUUCCUCAAUCACGUGGACCCAGGUGUCUGGACUCCGGCCUCUUGUGGAGCCAUGUCUAAGACAGACCUUGAAGUUGCUGCCCAGACCUGAGGUGUGGAAUGCUCUGGGCCCAGUGCCCACUGCCUGCCUGCUCUUCCUAAGUGCCUACUACCAGGCCUGGAGCCAGCAACCAGGCUUGUGCCCAGGGGACUGGCUCCAGGACAUGGAGCACCUGUCGGAGGAGCUGCUGCUGCCCCUGCUGAGCCAGCCCGCUCUGGGCAGCCUGUGGGACUCCCUCAGGCCCUGCUCCCCUCUCUGCAACCCACAGUCCUGCGUGUCGGCGCCAGAAGCUCUCCCAAGCCUGGUGUCCCUGGGCUGUGCAGGAGGCCGCCCCCCAUGCAGCCUGGCGGGCUCAGCCUCACCCUUCCCGUUCCUCACGGCCCUCCUCUGCCUGUGCAACACUGUGUCUCAGGCUCACAAGGGCCUGAGUGGCCGGCUGGCUGCCGCUGCAUUGGCCCCCUCAGGACUCCAGAACUACUUCCUCCAGUGUGCUGCUCCUAGGACCGCCCCCUGCCUCACUCCAUCCUCAAUGUGGGCCCUGCGCCAGGAGUCCCACCUGCAGUAUCUGGCACUCUCCUUGGCUCAGAGGGCGGCAGCCCUCCAGCCAGUGCCGGCCCCCGAAGCUGCCCUCCACCAUGGUGUGGCCUUGGCCCUGCUGAGCCGGCUUCUGCCCGGAAGUGAGCACCUUGCCCACGAACUGCUGCUGAGCUGCGUGUUCCGGCCAGAGUUCUUCCCGGAACGUGCCUCAGGGGGUCCAGAGGCGGCCGACUUCUCAGACCGCCUCUGCCUCGGGAGCCACAGGGCCCCCAAGUGCGGACGAGGGGCUCUGCUGGCCCAGGCCUGCUGUGACCUGCCCAGCAUCCGCAGCUGCUACUUGACCCACUGCUCCCCGACCCGAGCCGGCCUGCUUGCCUCUCAGGCCUUGUACCGAGGGGAGCUCGGACGACGCCCAGCCCUGCUGCUGCCGGCGCCCACCGAGCCGCUGCUGCUCACCGACUGGCCCUUCCUGCCACUGAUCCAUCUCUACCACCAGGCCUCAGACACACCCUCGGGAUGCCCUGCAACUGACACCGUGGGCACAGCCAGGCGGGCCCUGCAGUGGGUACUACUGCUGGAGAAUUGGCGGCCCCGGGCCCUCUGGGCUGUGCCUCCUGCUGCCCGCCUGGCACGCCUCAUGUGUGUGCUCCUGGUGGACAGUGAGCUGUUCCGAGAGACCUCGAUCCAGCAGCUGGUGGCCACCCUCCUGGCCCAGCUCUGCCAGCCCCAAGUCCUGCCCAGCCUCAGGCUGGACUGCCCCCUCCCCGGCCUGGCCUCAUUCCCUGACCUCUAUGCCAGCUUUCUGGAGCAUUUCGAGGCUGUCUCUUUUGGAGACCACCUCUUCGGGGCCCUCGUCCUCCUCCCCCUGCAGCGGCGCUUCAGUGUGACCCUGCGCAUCGCCCUCUUUGGGGAGCACGUGGGGGCCUUGCGAGCUCUGGGCCUGCCUCUGACCCAGUUGCCUGUGGCCCUGGAGUGCUACACAGAUCCCCCUGAGGACAACCUGGCCCUCCUCCAGCUCUACUUCCGGGCCCUGGUGACUGGUGGGCUGUGUCCACGUUGGUGUCCUGUGCUCUAUGUUGUGGCCGUGGCUCAUGUCAACAGCUUCAUCUUCUCCCAGGACCCAAAGAGCUCAGGUGAGGUGAAGGCUGUCCGCAGGAGCAUGCUGCAGAAAACCUGGCUGCUGCCAGAUGAGGGUCUCCGGCAGCACAUCCUCUACUAUAAGCACCCCAAUUCAGCCCUCCCGGAGGGCUUUGAGCUGUACUCUCCGUUGCCCCCUCUACGCCAGCAGCACCUGCAGGGGCUUCUCUCAGGGGUGCUAGAAACCUAGUGUAGUUGCUGCUCGUGGAGUGAGACAUGGAGACACUCAUUCACCCCAACACCUCACCUAGCCCGACGAGGCCUCGCAGGGGCAGGGGCAGGGGACGGAGGGGCAGAAGGCUCGCCUCCCGAGGAGCACGAGGUUUGAGCAGCUUUGGGACAGAGUGAGCCCCACCAUGAUGUCCUGGUGUCGAGUUCAGGCUCCUCUCAGCGCUUGUUCUGGGUGUGAAGGAUGUGUCCUUGGGCACAGGACGGACUACACAACUUUCCCGAAUCAGGAUAAGCAUGUUACAGCUGUGCUUGGAAAUAAAGUUUAAAAUGCUUUUUA